GGUCGAACACAACAGCUCGACACAUGAAGCCCACGGUUGUCGUCUUCUUUGCCUUGCUGGCCACGGCCAUGGCCGGCUUCUAUGGCGGCUUCGGUGGCAUCGGCUAUGGCGGAUACGGUGGCUAUGGCGGCUAUGGCGGCUACGGAGGAUACGGAGGAUACGGAUACCGCGGUUUCCCAGUUGGACGAGUGUUUUCCUACGGCUCCAUCAUCAAGCAUGGAUACGGCGGAUACGGCGGAUAUGGCGGAUACGGCGGAUACGGUCUCGGCCUGGGCUAUGGAGGAUAUGGUGGCUACGGAAUUGGCUACGGAGGAUACGGCCAUGGCUUUCACGGAUAACAUGUGUAGUGUGCUGAUGAGGUCGCUGGCCGGCGAUCUGGUAAAUAGAGUCGUAAAGACGCAUCUCGAACUCAAUGCCACGUGUCAACUAAGAUGACACUCACUUCCUAAGUUUUCCCGACUCCCUUGUACAAUAAACCAAACCUA